AGCUGACUUCCUGACUGAGGGAGGGACUGUCUGCUUCCAGUGUCCCGCUAAUCCUUUAGAUCCCGAAAGGGUCCAUUCCGCGCCUAUUCGUGCGGAAACUUAGGAGGCGUGAGAGCCCAUCAUGAAACGUGAGGUCUGAGGGACGACCACGCCACCAUGAUUGGAGGAUUGUUCAUCUACAACCAUAAAGGGGAGGUGCUCAUCUCUCGUGUCUACCGUGAUGAUAUAGGACGUAAUGCCGUGGAUGCGUUCCGUGUGAAUGUGAUCCACGCCCGUCAGCAGGUGCGCUCCCCUGUCACCAACAUCGCCCGCACCAGCUUCUUCCACGUCAAACGCUCCAACAUCUGGUUGGCUGCUGUCACCAAGCAGAAUGUCAACGCUGCUAUGGUGUUCGAGUUCCUCUACAAGAUGUGUGAUGUCAUGACUGCCUACUUUGGGAAGAUCAGUGAAGAGAAUAUCAAGAACAACUUUGUGCUCAUCUAUGAGCUGCUGGAUGAGAUCCUGGACUUUGGAUACCCCCAGAACUCAGAGACUGGUGCUCUCAAGACUUUUAUUACCCAGCAGGGCAUCAAAGGCCAGCAUCAGACUAAAGAGGAGCAGUCUCAGAUCACCAGCCAGGUGACCGGUCAGAUCGGCUGGCGUCGUGAAGGCAUCAAAUAUCGCCGCAACGAGCUGUUCCUGGAUGUGCUGGAAAGCGUUAAUCUGCUCAUGUCUCCACAGGGUCAGGUCCUGAGCGCCCACGUCUCUGGUCGUGUGGUGAUGAAGAGCUACCUGAGUGGAAUGCCUGAAUGCAAGUUUGGCAUGAACGACAAAAUCGUAAUUGAUAAACAGGGGAAGGCAGGGACUACAGAUGACCCUGGGAAAAGUGGGAAACAGUCCAUAGCCAUUGACGACUGCACUUUCCAUCAAUGUGUGCGUCUCAGCAAGUUCGACUCUGAGCGCAGCAUCAGUUUCAUUCCUCCGGAUGGAGAAUAUGAGCUUAUGAGGUAUCGCACCACUAAGGACAUUAUUCUGCCAUUCCGGGUCAUUCCGCUGGUCCGAGAGGUUGGACGCACAAAGCUGGAGGUCAAAGUUGUCAUCAAAUCUAAUUUCAAGCCCUCACUCCUGGCACAGAAAAUAGAGGUGCGCAUUCCAACACCUCUGAACACUAGUGGAGUGCAGGUGAUCUGUAUGAAAGGAAAAGCCAAGUACAAGGCCAGUGAGAACGCCAUUGUGUGGAAGAUCAAACGCAUGGCAGGAAUGAAGGAGUCUCAGAUUAGUGCUGAGAUUGAGCUGCUGCCUACUAACGAUAAGAAGAAGUGGGCCCGUCCACCCAUUUCCAUGAACUUUGAGGUUCCUUUUGCACCCUCUGGGUUGAAGGUGCGUUACCUGAAAGUAUUCGAGUCAAAACUGAACUACAGUGACCAUGAUGUCAUUAAAUGGGUGCGAUACAUCGGACGCAGCGGAAUCUAUGAGACACGAUGCUAAUGAGCCACUGAGCAGAGGGACCAGCGUUAUCUGUCCUAUAAAUAUUUACCAUGUUUCACUCAACAUUUGUGGGCGAAUUAAAAUGACAAAUUACUAAAAUGUGCUAAAUGUGAAAUCUAGUAUCCUGUAUUUGUUUGUACAAGUGCUGUAAUGAACAGAUCCAGUGGAGAGCUGAGAGAUUCACUUGGUUAAGACCAGAGUGGGUGGUCUCCAUUAAUGUCUCUGCAGUGUAUAUCUAUAAACCCCAACAUCCCGAUUUGAUGUAAUUGGUCUUAUUACAUAUCAUCCACACAGCUUUCUGCUUCAGUAUGGUCCGUUUUGUCUGUAGUAAUUCUCAUAUUGGUCAUUUUGUCAGUAUCUCUCUCUGUGACAAUCUAGUUCAGUAUAAAUAUAUAAUGAG